AGAUUUCUCUGCAGAUCUGGUCCUGGUAAACUCUGCCACUCCACACUUUAAAAAAAACAGAUGAAGAAACUGAGGCUUAAGGAACUUGAGAGCUGCCUGCAACAGGUAGAUGAGUUCGAAAAGCCCAAACUACUUUUAGAACAGUAUCUGACCAGACCACACAUUGCAGCAUGUAUGCUCUAUACAAUCCAUAACACAUACGAUGACAUUGAAAAUAAAGUGGUUGCAGAUCUAGGAUGUGGUUGUGGAGUGCUUAGCAUCGGAGCUGCAAUGUUAGGAGCAGGGUUGUGUAUUGGAUUUGACAUAGAUGAAGAUGCAUUGGAAAUAUUUAACAGGAAUGUAGAAGAGUUUGAGUUAACAAAUGUUGACAAGGUUCAAUGUGAUGUUUGUUCAUUAUCUAACAAAAUGACCAAGUCAUUUGAUACAGUAAUUAUGAACCCUCCCUUUGGGACCAAGAAUAAUAAAGGAACAGAUAUGGUUUUUCUGAAGACCGCUUUGGAAAUGGCAAGAACAGCUGUUUAUUCUUUACACAAAUCAUCAACUAGAGAACACAUUCAAAAGAAAGCUGCAGAAUGGAAAAUCAAGAUAGAUAUUAUUGCAGAACUGAGAUAUGACCUACCAGCAUCAUAUAAAUUUCAUAAAAAGAAAUCAGUGGACAUUGAAGUGGACCUAAUUCGGUUUUCUUUUUAAAA